AUGGCAAAUUUUUUGCAGGUUGUCCUCGUGUUUGUGUUGAGUAUCGCAUCUCUUGUGAUCUACUUCAUCGAUUCGUCAACGGAGACAGUUGAAUCUUGUGAUCAGUGGUCAGAGAGUCCAACCCAACAACUCGAUCUGGCCUUCAAUGUUUUUUUUAUGAUUUACUUUUUUAUCAGGUUCAUAGCUGCCUCAGAAAAAUUAUUUUUCCUUGUCGAGAUUUUUUCAUUGGUCGACUACUUCACCAUUCCACCGUCAUUUGUUGCUAUCUACCUUAACAGAAACUGGCUAGGUCUUCGGUUCACAAGGGCUCUUCGUCUCAUGACCAUUCCAGAUGUUUUGCAGUACCUCAACAUACUCAAGACUUCCAACAGCAUACGCCUCUGUCAGCUGGUUUCUACUCUCAUCAGCGUAUGGUUUACAGGGGCAGGGUUUGUUCAUUUGGUGGAAAAUUCUGGAGAUCCGUUUGCAGAUUUCAGCAAUGGUCAGAAUCUGACGUAUUGGGAGUGCGUGUAUUUCACGUUGGUGACCAUGUCAACUGUUGGCUACGGCGACGUUAAAUGCCAAACGACAAUCGGUCGGUUAUUCAUGGUCUUCUUCAUCUUGGGAGCUUUGGUUAGAGGAACAAACGAAAUGUUUCAUUAUCUGAUAACGUGA